CGAUAAAUCCGCGGUCACACUGCUGUGUGGAUUUUGCGUGUGUAAAUAAUUGAAAAAAUUAAAGAAAAACAAGCAAAAAGAGUUUCUGGUCGUGCGCCAACGUUAGCGAACAAUGCAAAAUCAAAUAUGUUGUGAGUUUCGCCAAAAAUCCGUGGACACACCGACAGCCAGGCAACCAGCAAUCGAAUCGUCUUCUGGUCUCCGUCUCGACACCACAAUUCCCAGUCGGCACAAAAAAACACCCCGAAAUCGAUUGUGAAGUGCGCUUUAAGUUGAAAUGCAUGUGCAACGGCCUGAGCAAACGCCAAAUAAAAUUCCACUGCAUACAGAAAAAUAAACAAACACAAGAAGCAUAAAGUAUGCAGAAAAUUAAACACAAAAGGAGCCAUUAAGUGUUGCGUGUGAAAGAAAUUAACGUUUUUGUGCAGCUCGUCGUCGUCGUCAUACAACCUUUCUGUUUCAAUAGCACGUACAAUGGAUAUUUGUUGAAACUUUGUUGCAUUUACAAACUGGUGUUUAAGAACAACAACAACAACAACAAGAAAAACAACAGCGACAACCCUCGGAGGCACACGCAAAGCAAAAGAAAGAAAGGAAAAACAAAAAAAUUAAUAUAUACAUUUAUAUAGCAUCAAAUUUACAUUAAGCGCCAAGUCGAGGAGGGGACAAAGAAGAAGUAAUUUUUAUUGUAGGACAAACGCACCAGUAAAAUUAAUCAAUCAACUACACGUUCCUUAAAACAAAUGUUUUCCAAACCGCAAACCAACUAAACGAAAUAUGCUUUUGAAUUAGUUUAAGCAGACAACAGCACAGCACAAAAUCAGAACAAGCAAAGCCAUAAAAAGCGCAAAAAACCAUUUUAAUUUAACACCAACAAAAGCCUGUGGAGACGAUAUAUACAAAUAUAUGUCGAGAUAUAUAUCACACCAUAUAUACAUAUUUAUAUAGGAACCACCACUACCCCGGGUGUCCAAACAUAACGACACCGAUUAAGUCAAACUGCAGGGAAAACCACAACAAAACACUCAGAGAGCCAGCAAAGGAAAAAAUCUAUUUUUUGUAUUGCUUAGUGCUGGCAAACAAAAAGAAAGGAAGGACAGAACAUCGUAUUGGAGAAUCUCGUCAGAUUAAGUGGAUUUCUAUCUCCGAUAAAGAACUGAAUGUUCUUGGAUCGCUGGACUACAAGGGGAACCAAUCGUCGUGUCAUUCGUCAUUCGUGCAUCAGUCAUAGUCGGAGACAGAGUCACAGAGUCUGGAGUCUGGAGUCUGGUCAAGGAAUUUAGAGUAAAGCCUAUAAGAAUAAGCCAUCCCAUCGAGGGAAACAAAAGUGAAAGUGAACGGGAAAGUAAGCAAUAGCCAAAGAGAGCCUGUCGAGAGAGGAUUGUGGCAGCGGGAGGAUCAGAGAGUGAGCAACGCCAAAGUACAAAUGCAUAAAUCGAAACUGAAUCUAUAACUUAGAACCGGGUAUCAAGCAAUUCCCCUGGAUGCAUACGUAUCAUCCCAGGACACAAGCACCAAUCAAAUCCAAUUUAGACGCAGCAGCAUCAACAGCAGCCGCCUCAGCCUCAACAGAUCCCCCAAACAAUUAGAUUAGCCAACAGCAGAGAGAUAGAAAGACGGACAGAGACAGCGACAGAGACAGGCAAGCCAGAGCUCUGUAGCCUCGUCAUCAUCCUCAUCCAAUUUUGCAAGCGUAACGGAGAGUCGACGUAGUGGCUGCAGCACGCGUAAGCGUCCAUAAAUCUAGUUAGCAUGGAGUGCUGUUUAUCGGAAGAGGCAAAGGAACAAAAGCGCAUCAAUCAGGAAAUCGAGAAGCAGUUGCGCCGCGACAAGCGAGAUGCGCGACGGGAACUUAAAUUGCUGUUGCUUGGCACGGGCGAGUCCGGCAAGUCAACGUUCAUCAAACAGAUGCGUAUUAUCCAUGGCAGCGGCUACUCGGACGAGGACAAGCGUGGAUACAUCAAACUGGUGUUCCAGAACAUAUUCAUGGCCAUGCAGUCGAUGAUCAAGGCCAUGGACAUGCUAAAGAUCUCCUAUGGCGUUGGAGAGCAUAGCGAACUGGCCGAUCUGGUGAUGAGCAUUGACUACGAAACAGUUACCACAUUCGAGGAUCCAUUUUUGAACGCCAUCAAAACGCUAUGGGCCGAUGCCGGCAUUCAGGAGUGCUACGACCGUCGUAGAGAAUACCAAUUGACAGAUUCAGCCAAAUAUUAUCUGAUGGAUCUCGACCGUGUGGCUCAACCUGCUUAUUUACCCACUGAGCAAGACAUUUUGAGAGUUCGUGUGCCGACAACGGGGAUCAUUGAGUAUCCCUUUGACUUAGAAGAAAUCAGAUUUAGAAUGGUGGACGUGGGUGGUCAGCGAUCGGAGAGAAGAAAGUGGAUUCAUUGCUUUGAGAAUGUGACAUCAAUCAUAUUUUUGGUGGCGCUAUCGGAAUACGAUCAGAUCUUGUUUGAAUCUGAUAACGAGAACCGAAUGGAGGAGUCAAAAGCUUUAUUUAGAACUAUUAUUACGUACCCUUGGUUCCAGAAUUCAUCAGUUAUUCUUUUCCUGAACAAGAAGGACUUGUUGGAGGAGAAAAUAAUGUAUUCGCAUUUGGUAGACUACUUUCCCGAAUACGAUGGUCCACAGCGAGAUGCAAUCGCGGCACGCGAAUUCAUACUGCGAAUGUUUGUAGACUUAAAUCCAGAUUCCGAAAAGAUUAUCUAUUCUCAUUUCACCUGUGCUACAGAUACUGAAAACAUAAGGUUUGUGUUUGCAGCUGUUAAGGACACCAUUCUGCAAUCGAACCUUAAGGAAUACAAUUUGGUCUAAACUGGAUUUGGACCAGUAAACUAUUUUUGUGAUUUUUACUAUAUAUAUAUAUAUAUAUAUAUAUAUAUAUAUUUAUGUAUAUAUGCAAGCACACACCCACGCAAACCACAAACACCCAAAAAAACAAAAACAAUGUAUAUGUAUAUAAAUAUAUACAUUCAUAAUUCCUUUUUCGCAUAAUUAUUAAACACAAAACAAAAAGAAAUAAAAGAAAAGAAAGCGUGAGUACGUGAGAGCGGUGCAGUACGACCCAAGAAAGUUUCGAAAAAAAUUGUAACACCAGGAACCGAGAACCGAGAAAUUGUAGCAUAAAUAGAGAACAGCAACAGCAAAAACAUAACAACAGCUACUGCAACAAGCAAAACAAAUUGAUGUUUAUUGAGAGAAAUGAAUUAUGUAUAACACAAAAUCUGAUACAAGUACUAAUAAUAUUUAAACAAAUUUAUUACUAUAGAAGAUACUUUUGUAAUAAAAACCGAAACAAGAAUAAAAACCAAAAUUAAGAAACUUACAUUUAAUCAAAAUGCUUAGAUCGGAACCACAAACGGAAACAAACAAACAACAACAUUUUGUCGUACUGAAAGCAUAACAAAACAAGCAAAAACAUUUACUGAAGAAACUGCAAGCAAAAAACAAAAUUUAACCUAAACAACAUGCAAGAACUUUUGAAUAAAAAAACCCCCCGAAUAAAUAUAUAGAGUACAUAUGCAUACAUAUAUACCACGAAGAAUAUAUAUAUAUAUAUAUGUUUGGGUGUUUCUCAUAACAGUUUGAAGGCAUAUAUGCAUAUAAGGAGUGUAAAAAUAUACAUACAUACAUCCAGAUAAUACAUGCUAAGAGGAAGAGGAAAAGGAAGAAAAGAAACAAAACAAAAUCAUACAUAAUACUGUAUUUUGUACUAGGCUAAACCGUAAAGUAAAUAUUGCAACAAUUGUUUACAGACAUACAUACAAACAUAUUUAUACGUGCAUACAAAACAAACAUAAUACAUACAAUAUAGCACACGAAUGCAUAUGUAACAAUUUAUAAACCUAUUAAUUUGCAUUUUGGGAACCAACCACCCCCCGCUCAUUGCAUUGCAUUGCAUUGCAAUAUCUAUGAUAUGAUUCGUAGUAAUACCAAUUGAAAAACAAACAGAAACGAAAACGAAAAACAAAAAACAAAAGAUAGGGAAACAAAUUUGUAAAGAAUGAAUGAGAAGAAGAGCCAUCUGCAUGAAGCGCACACCUUACAUCCUAAUUAAUAUUAACACGUGUCUGUGAAAUUGUCGAUAAACCCCCUCCCUCCCCGGGAAGCAGCCAUCCGUGCAGCACCAUCCGUGCAACUUAUUGAUAUUCAAUCAAACGCCAGGUCCACUUGCAAUCCAGUCAAACGCGUCGUUCAUUGAUCGAAGAGCACUCCUGUCUGAGAUGACGGCCUCUGGCUCUCACGUACCUUUGUUGCCAUCAAAAUUUCAGUCGAGCCAUGUUGCUAUAUAUACAUAUAUAUAUACGAUAUAUACGAUGCUUAUGUAAAAAUAAAAAACAACAGUGAAACGAUAGCUUGAUUUUGGUACGUUCUAUGAUAAUAAUAAUUUUGAUAAUCGUUUGCUAUUUUAUAGAUCUAAUUAAUGUAUGCAACGGCGGACGCACUUGCCGGCCGAUCCCACAGGCUGCCAGGGGCGUUCGCAGUUUUGUUUUUGUUUUUAUAAUUUAGUUAAUUUAAUAUAUACAAAGAUAAACGAUAAACAUGAUUAGUAACAAAGUGACGCACACCUACAGAAUAAACAAAAACAUCAAACAUUAGCAACAACAAACUAUUUAUGUAAAAAUCCAAAUAAACACACAAUUUUACUCUACGCAAAAACACACACAAACAAAAGAAACCAACAAUUGAAACGUACAUACUAUAUAUGUAAAAUAAAUAUGAUGCAAAAUGUUGUUUCUCAUCA